AUGAAACCUGCGAUCUUCCCGAAGCGAGGCAGCGGAAAUGGACUGUCUCCGCAGGCGGAGUUAUCUUCGAGCGGGACGGAAAUGCCGGCGUCAGUGCUGGAGCCGCUGCAGGCGCGCAGCAGCAGCAGCAGCAGCAGCAGCAGCAGCAGCAACCCCUUCGACGCCUACGGGGACGCGCCCCCAGAGGCCCCCGGCGUGAAGCCGCGCGCGGGGGCCCUCACGGCCUUCGCAGCAGCCCCGGAAAGCCAGGCCGCCGGCAGCAGCGGGAGAGGCGCAGCAGCAGCAGCAGCAAGUGCUGCAGUGCUGUACCCCGAAGGGCUGCCCAAGUUUCUGGGGCUGCUGCGGCCCACCAUCACCUUCGGCGUGGGCCGCCUGACGCUGAGUCGGGGCAUGGACUUCAUUGCCCACUUUGUUGCAGUUUCAACUUUAGUUUUCUUCGUUUUUAUUCUCUUCGCAGUCAACUGGAUGCAGAAGCUCUGCCUCCCCAUCGUCAGCAACUGGACCCACAACUGCACCCUCGCCGUCGGCGCCUUCAUGGCCCUUUUAGCGAUCUUCUCGUGGCGCUCCGCCGCGAACUUCGACUUGAAAAGAUCAAAAGUCUUUCUUUUUCUCCUGGGGUGGCGGCUGCACGUUUUUCUUUUGCUGAGUUUGCUGAUGGUCUUGGGCUUGGCGCUGAAGCCGCAGCUGAACGCCCACGUGGAAAACAGCGUCCGCGUCUGCAUGCUGCGGCAAGAAGCAACUGCUGCUGCUGCUGCUGCUGCUGCUGCUUUCCCGCUCCCCAUUUCCCGAGUUUCGCUGCUGCCCACUUUGCCGCUGCCGGUCCUCAACUACGCCGGGCCUGCGCACCCCGCGCCGUGGGGUGUACGUACACCUGAAAACGCGCCUGCGGCCCAGCCCGCUGCAGCAAAUCAGCAGCAGCAGCAGCAGCAGCAGCAGCAGCAAGAAGCCAACAAAGAGUCAACUAGUGAAACUAAACCACUGCCAGAAGCCGCACAAAGUCCGGACCAGACGGGGGGCCCCCCCGACGCAGCACAGGGGCAAGCAGCGGAGCCAGGGGCCCCAGCAGGGGCCCCCUCAGCUGCGGCUGGGGCCCCCAAUUCAAAUCCGACAGCAGGGGGGAAUGAGCAGCAGAAAACACAAACUGAAAAGACGCAAGAAGAGCUGCAGCCUGCAGCAAACGGACCUGCUGCUGCUGCUGCAGCAGACGCCCCAGCAGCAGGAGAAACGGCCGCAGCAGCAGCAGGAAGCGAGGCCUCGGCCAGCCCGGAGACUGCUGCGCAGCAAGAACCAGCAGCAGCAGCAGCAACAGCAGCGCCGCCAGCAGCAGCAGCGGCACCGCCAGCAGCAGCAGCAGCACCGCCAGCAGCAGCAGCAGCAGCAGCGCCAGCAGGAGCAGCAGAAGCACCAAAGCCUGCAGCUGCGGAAGCAGAGCCCAGCGCAGCUGCAGCAGAGGCCGGAGCGGCUGCAGAAGAAGCGCAGCAGCAGGAGCGGGAAGGCAGCGGCGCUGCUGCGGACGCCGCGCAGACAGCAGCAGCAGCAAAGCUGCAGCAGCAGCAGCAGCAGCAGCAGCAGCGGGCGCUGCAGGCCGCGCAAGUUGCUGCUGUCAAAGAAACAAAUGCUGCUGUUGUGAUGGUCCUCGUAGUGGCCUCUCUUGCACUUGUUUUUGAAUUGUAUUUAAUGUACGCUUGCUGGAGCUUCAAAGUGUGGCUGGAAAGGGGCUACGAGGCCGUGGUCUUGGCGGGAGUGGCGCCGUUCGCGCCGGUAGACGGCGGCAACGGCUGGCUGGCCUACGCUGUGCGGAUGCCGCAGACAGUUCAGCUCGAGACGUACGGGGGCAAUGCCGGCGGCGCUGGCCAUCUGCCCGUCUUCGUGCAGACAACAGACUCGUCGGACUGUUUUGCAAAUGUGAAUCUUCCGAUGACGGGUCGGUGGUGA